AUGAAACCCAAAAAAGUUUUCUUGUACUACAUUGUUUUAGGCAUUUUCAAGUGCUUAACAUAUGGCAAUGUGAUAAAAAAAGUGAUAAGCAUAGGAAAUGUGAAUAUGUGCUCUGUGAAUAUAAAUGCAGAUGAACUUGAGGAAUGUAUUUUAAAUAAUGAAUUUGGCAAGUUAUUAUUAUUUAGUUGUAAUUUUAAUAUGGACAUUAGUAUUAAAGGACGAGUACUUCCGGAAAACUGUGCUGCUAAGUCAUAUGUGAAUCAGAGCAACCCUAAUGAAUAUUCUCCAGAAACUGAUACGUAUGAGAUUUUUCAAAAUGUGUUUGAGUCAAAUAAUUCAACAUUAACUGAAUACUUUUCAUUUUAUAGUACACCUUAUUCCAACAAAGAUCUUGAUAUUAGCUGCAUAUGUUAUGGAGAAUAUAAAAGUCAUAUUAAACAAAUAAUGAAAAUAAGUUAUAAAAAAACAGGAAAGAAAAUAAAAGGUUGUGAUUUUGGAGAUAAUAUGUUAUCUAGAAGAGAUUUAACUAAUAACGUAGCACUCAAUGAAAAUUAUUCUUGUGUUAUACAUGCUUACCCAAUGGAUGUUGUAGGGAUAAAUUGUUAUAAAAAAGAAAGCAACAAUAAUUAUAAUGAUAAUUUAGAAUUAAUACCAAAUAAUUGUUUUCAUAAUGUUUAUUAUGGGAGUGAUAUUAUAUUAUCAUCCAAUAAUUUAAUACCAAACUCUAGAGUUAUUCCAGAUCCAGCCACUGAUGUAAAUUUAUCAAAAGCUCAUUCAUAUGUAUCUUAUAUCGUAUUCCCAGAUGUUAUAACAGAAAAUAUAAAAAUUAGUUGUGUUUGUAAAAGAGACAGGUAUGUAGGAACUAUGUAUAUAUACACAAAUAAAGGAAAUGGUUUAUUAUUUGAUAAUGAAGAUGAUAUAGAACAAAUUGAGGAACGAAGAGAUUACAUGCCAGUGGACGAGGAGAUGGCAAAUAUUGAACCCAUGGGACAAAGAUACCAAGAAGACGACUCUCAAGAUCCUUAUGAUAAUAAAAAUAGCAUAUAUUAUAAUAAUAAAUGGAAUAUUUAUAAAAGUUUGAGAAAUCCAGAAAAUGAAAAAAACUAUGAAAACGAAGCGAAUAAAUUAAAUAGGAGUGAUUCAAAAUAUAAUGCAGAUUACUACAACCGAAGCAAGGUACAAAGUAAACAACAUGAUGAUAGUAAUAGUAGUAAUAAUAGUAAUAGCAUUAAUAAUAAUCAAGCGGAAAAAUCAUAUAAUGAUAAUAUUUAUGAUAAGUAUAAUGUAGGAGAUAGUUUAAAUGGAGAUCCACGACGAAGAAAGAAAAGAACUUUUUGGCAAAAUCUAUUUGGAUUAUCUUCUUCUCAGUUCGAGUCGUUCAGCUCUUUGGUAGUUAUAUUAUUCCUACUGAUUCAUACAUAA